GUACCGCAGAGAGCGUAGACAGGCCUGACAGCAGCAGGCCCCGACAAAUACAAAGAAAAGAGGAAGAGCAGCACGCACGGCCAACAAAAUAAUCCUCCCCGUGCAGCGAGUAGCCCGCAGCACCGCCCCUGCUUCUCCUCCCGACACAGGACUAUCAGUAAAUACAUUCAGGCAUAAUAACCCUUUGUUAAAAGAGAAAGAAACGCGAUUUGCGACGGAGAUAAAUAAUUGAAAAAAAAUGCGGCUGUCCGACUGCGCAUCCCUGAGUGUGAAUAGGGAAUUGCUGCGCCAGUGUCCCGGCUGAGAGACGAGAGCCGAUCUUACCCAACCUAAGCUCCUGAGCUUUUCCCCCCGUGUCAUUACACAAUAUCGCUGCCAAAAAUCAUCGUUUCAAACAUGUGCACAGGGAGAAAGAAUAAAAGUUGUGUGUUGGCCAAUGCGCCCCUGCGUCGGUCCCAUCCUGCAGAAGCAUGUCCCGUCGGAAACAGAAACGACCUCAGCAGCUUAUGAACCAGACCCUCGGUGCCUGUCGGAUACUUGAGCAUGAUGACAACUUGGCAAUGAAGUCAAACUCCUUUCCAUUUAUCCUGGAUUCUCCCUUGUGCUCUCCAUCGACCUCUCUUCAAAGUUCCCAGCUGCCCCUCGCUGUCCGUUCAUUUUUCAAGGGCUCUCAGACCCCCUCUUUACCUACUGAGGGUCCACUGAUAUCCUGCUCACCCAGCCAGCCCUCCCACCAGCCCCUCAAAGACCCAGGACCCCCCCUCUCUCCUGACUUCCCGUUCUCCUCUCUCUCUUCCCAAACUCAAUAUCCACCCUUUCAACAGCCUGGUUGCAACCCUACGUCUUCUGCAAGUGCCCUCAGCCCCCCCUCCCGAAGCGCACACAUGGCCUCUCCCAAGUUGGGGCUGUCAGCCACCACCACUACUUCUUCUUCCUCCUCAUCAUCCUCUGCCUCCCUAUGUCCACCACCACACCCUGGUAGCCCUAGCCGUGUGCCUGAGGGACCCCCAAGUCCUGUUACUCCAAUACCCAGCCCAGGAGUGACAUCAGCCUCAGCUGCACCCUCUAGGGCCCAACUGAGCAUCGCCCUGAUACUGGAGGAGCUCCGGGUCCUUCAGCAAAGGCAGAUCCAUCAAAUGCAGAUAACAGAGGAGAUCUGUAGACAGGUGCUACGCCUCGGUGGAGCCUCCUAUACCAUAGACACACCCUCCCAGCAACUCCUCCCCCCCCUGCCUCAGCUCUGCCUGGAAGGCGGCAAAAGGGCAGCCAGCCCAAAUACCCAGCCAACCACACCUCAGCCGUCCGCCUCUGUCGCUCCUCUCCUGGCAUGUUUCUCCUCCCUGCUCCCUUCUCAGGCAGCCAACAAACCCACAAAGCCAAGCAGUUCCCUGUCUCAAAUCCUGCAGCCCCACAAAUCCCAGAUGGAAGGGAUGGGAGGGACUGGAGGGGCUCAUGGUUAUCUGAGGGGGAUUUCCAGAUCCUCAGCACCCCCCACCUCUUCCUCUUCCGCCAUGUCCAUGGUUUCUUCCAGCUAUCCGUUAGCCUUGUCAUUAGCUCUCCCCACCCGCUAUCUUCAUGAGAAAUCUCCAAAUACCACUUCAGUGACUGGGCACAGUGGGCUGUCCUUCCUAAACUCAUCCCUCCCCACAUCAGUAUCUAUGGUCCAAAACUCCCAAAAUGCCCUGCAAUCUUUCUCUGCAGGGGUAGAACCUUCCUCUUCAGGCUCCGCCUCCACAGGCCGACUGCAACAUGCCUGCCGCUUUUGUGGAAAAGCAUUCAGUAGUGACUCUUCCCUACAGAUACAUCUGCGCUCGCACACAGGGGAACGACCCUACCAGUGCCCAGUGUGCCUCAGCCGCUUCACCACAAGGGGCAAUCUCAAGGUGCACUUCCUACGCCAUCGUGAGCAAAACCCAGAGCUCUCACUUUCACUCCUGCCACCAUCCUUGUUUGGAGUAGCAUUAGGACCCACUGGGGGGGCAGAAAUGGGACAGACCAUGAGCAGUAGUAGCAGUACUAGUGGCAUGAAUAUGAUGCAGAUGAGGCCAAAAGGCUGGCCUGAGGAUGAAACAUGUGGAGAUAAUGUGGAGGGCAGUGGUACCAGCACAGGCUUUUCUCUGGGAGCCUCUGGAGGAUCUACUUCUUCUUCCCUGCCCUUGCCCCCUAGUGUAGACCUGGCUUUGAUUUCCCACUCUCUUCUGCAGCUUAAUAGGGCUGCGGCUGUAGCAGCUGCAGCUUCUAUCGCCUCUGGCUCAUCCCACUCCUCUUCUUCAACUUCCUCCUCUUCUCUGGUUACCUCACUCCUCUCCAACCCUUCCAUGUCAUCGUCUUCCAGCCUCACAGGCUUAUUCAAGGGUGCCAAGCAGCAGCACUUUGAUGAAAACACUCCCCCUCAUGCCCCAAUGCUUACUCCUGCUGCAUACUCCCAGCUAGCCCACCUGCCUAAGCUCCUUUUCCCAUCUGUCUCCACGUCUUCCUCUACCCCUACUGCACACUCAUCCCUCUACAACCAUGCAGCCUUGGGCCUGAUGCGCAACCAACUCCCCUCUGCCCCAGGCUCCCACCAACUUGCUUCAUCUAGCCAUUCUCAGCUUUCUUUUCCUUUCUCUUCAUUUCCUAAAGUCCAAGGUCAAACCACCAACACUCAAUCCUCCCUGCCAUCAGCCACUCCUACAUCUGAAACUUCAAAGCUGCAGAGGCUGGUGGAAAAGCUAGAGAAGGCCCCCCAUUCCUCAUCUGAAUGGCUGUCUUCCUCUACUUCCUCCUCCAUUCUUGAGAUGUUAUCUGGAAGUGCCACUACCUCUUCAAGUUCAGCCAACAGUCGUUUCAAAAAUGCAAACACUUCGACCACAUACGUCAUGGCGUCCCCACCAUCUUCGACUCGUGCUUCCACUUCUGUUGCAAACUUCACCCAUGAGAUGGUUGCUGCCCUAGGCAUGAGUGCCAAUGGAGCGAGUGCCAUGGCAGGGGGCUUGCUACCAUCACUAAGCAUCACAGGUCCAGCUGGUAACCUGACAAACAAUCAGUGCGGGGUGUGUCUACGGGUCCUGAGCUGUCCAAGAGCACUGCGUCUGCACCAGGCUACACACCUCGGAGAACGCCCUUUUCCAUGUAAGAUAUGUGGCAGAUCCUUCUCUACCAAAGGCAGCCUGCGGUCACAUCUAGCCACUCAUCAUGCCCGACCUCCAAAUGCACGUGUCCAGAACUCUUGCCCACUGUGCCAGCGUAAGUUUACUAACGCUCUAGUGCUCCAGCACCACAUCCGUAUGCACCUUGGUGGACAGUUGCCAACAGAUGGCACAGAGGAUCCUGCACAUGAGAUGCCAACUGAAUCUAUGGCAAAACCUGAGUCUCAAUCCCAAUCGACUGACCCAAAUACUGUAUCUACUAAAACACCUCCUUUAGCAGGCCACUCUAGGAGCCCAGCCCCAAGCUCACUAUUUCAAUCUCCAGCAGUUGGCUCGGUUCCUGUGUCCGGCAGUACGAAAUCAGUUGAGUUUGGGAAGUCUGGGACCUCCAGUCCUGACCUUAUUCCCCCCUCUGACCUUAGCCCUGACCCCUUCAUGAAUCCCACCACACAAACUCCAUCCCCAGGCAGUGUGGAACCCCCUGUCCUUUGUGUCAGUGCCCCCUUGCCAGUCUCUCAACAGACAGAACAAGCUUCCCAAGUUAGCAAAGAUAACCAGGUUGAGCAAGCUACUAACGAUGUCCAACAUCCUAAAUCCAGCCCCUCACCAAUUUCCUUCACUGUUACCAAAACACCAGUUUCAUCGAACGCUAUGGAAGUAGACUGUGGAGAAGAUGAAGCAGUCACCUCCUUCGAAGCCCUUUGUGGCUCCAGAUCAAAUCUGGAAGACUUUAAAAGCACACCUGCCCUUGCUGACCCCUCUGCUUACACCUGUCCCAGUACCUCCUCUGACCCCAACCUGAGUCAAGAUAUAACGAAUGUUAUCGCAACACCAACCUUAGUAUCAGAGUCUGUCUCCCCAAGGCCCCAAUCACCAGAACCCAUGGAAGAAGACAAUGAUGAGUCUUCUCCACCAGCAUCACCAAAGCAAGACAAAGCAACUGUGCCUGACGAGAACCUCAACAUGACGUCCACUGUGGAGACUGCUGACACUAUUGGUGCUGAUGGAAAAGGUGCAUCUCAGAGAGAUGGCACGUUUGUGAGGGAAACACGUCAGAGCUUUCAUUUUGGUUCAUACGGGAGGGAAGAGCAGACAGAAGAUGUUAAGAUUAGUGGAUUGGCUCCAAUUGAAGCAAUGGAUGGUUCUGUCCCCAUUAACCUUGCCCCAACCCUCCCAUCCCCGAUGUCUCGUCCUGAAAAGAAGACGUAUAGCUGUGCUGAGUGUGGAAAAGAGUAUGCCAGUCGCAGUGGACUAAAGGGGCACAUGAAGCAUCAUGGUGUAGCAUCCAAAACAACACGUCCACCAGUCCGGAGUAGUCGUUCUUCAGCUGACCAACUUUCUUCUUCUACAUCGAUGAAUUCCUUGAACAUUCCAGCCACCAGGAGCUCAGCGGGCUUCUGGAACCAGUACCAAGCUUUCCUCAACACCAGUAAUGAGCCAACUGAUGAUCCAACAGCUGGCAGCCAAGGAGAAAAUCAGUCGGGUCGGUCUUCAAAAUCACCCAUUCAUUCUCAGAUGGAUUUGAAAUCCAAUGAGGAAGCUGAGGAAGAGUCUAGUGAAGAGCCAUAACUCAGCGUGAUGGCUGAAUAACGUUUGGCUGUUUCCAAACAAUGGUUACCUUUUUGGUGAAACUGUAUGAACAUUUGCAUAGUAAUGCUUCCAUAACACAUUUCAAGUACCUGUCAGGUUCAUAGUCAGAGUAAUAUGUUUGUAUGUGAAAGUUGUGAUUUGACCAGCUUGGUCUUGUGUGAAAAAAAAGAAAAGAAGACAGCUUAUGUAUAAAUAAAGAUAAAAAUAUUAAGUAGUAACAAAGUUCAGAUUUUGCUGGAUUUGAUAAAAAGUGACACUUUCAUUUUCCGGUUGAAGUUGAUAAUAGUGUGUUGCACAUUCUAACGUAAAAAAAGAAGAAAAAAAGAGCAUCACUGUUGUAUCAAUGUUUAAUAUCAGACCUGGGUCAAAAAAUAUUAGGGUGCUCUUUGUUUUAACUUCCCAGGCACUUAUAGAUAGGGUUACACAAAUAGCCUACACUAAAAUAAUAGUUUCAAAAUAAUUUUGGGUCAGUGUGUAAACAUUUCGGUACUUGUCUUAUUGUGCCAUGUACCAAAUCGGAUCCAACUGGCACCAAAGGAGGCUCAAGCUAACCAAAAUGUGAUUUCUUGCAAGUGCUUAUCGACCUAGGUCUGUUUUAUAUUACGCAUUAUCAUAGCAUUCUUUCCCUCAAGCACAGAAGGAACUCAUAUAAAUGAGGAAAUUAAGAAAGCAACAUUUUUUGCAAGAGCACAAAAGGCCAACACACUGAAUGUGUUUCUGUGGCUAAUAUUACGUCUUUUGUCCCCCAUCUUGUGGUUCGGAUAUGCUCCUCACUCAUGUCAUUGUGAUUUACAAGAAGCACAGCAGCAGUGUUUGUGAACCCAGUAUGGACAUGGUCUUGUGUUUGAUCUUUGACCUUUAGUUUGUGAAUAUUUUGAUUGUUGUUUGGUCCGAAAAGUGAUAUCUGUAACACUUUUUCAGCUACUAAAACUUUAAGUUACUAUAUAUCAAAAGGCUAUGUCUGUUUGUUGUAAGCUGUUUCAGUAUCUCCAUAUUAAAAAAUAUUUGGAAAAAAAUAUCCUGCUGUAA